GGUGCAACAAGAAAGAAACAAAUCUUAACGAACAUCAUCCAUCAUUUCAUUCGAUCAACACGCAUCACAAGAACAACAACAACAAAGUAGAAAUGAUAAGCUUACAAGAUACAAAUCCUAUCCAACAAAGUCAUCAAACUUUCACAAUGAAUGAAUUACCGAUCGAUAUUCUAACCAUCAUCUUAAAAUGGUGUCAUACUUUCGAUCAAGCUGAAGUUUCAAAGUCUAACUUUAAUCGAAAUCAAGUGCAUCAUCCAUCCCAUUCGAUUCAUUUGAAAAAUCGGAUUUAUUCGCUUGGUUCUGUUAAUUGGAUAUUUCAUCAAUUUUGUCAAUCACAUGUUGGAGAAUACCUUGAAACAUCUCGAUCAUCAAAACAACUUGAAUUUAUAAGAGAUCAAUGGUUACCUAAAUAUUCUGAUCAAGUUAAACAAAUUGCAAUUACAGGUCCAAAGACUUUAAAUUCCCUUGAAUCAACAACACUCAUUCUGGACUUAUUAUAUGAGAUAUGUGGUAGUUUACAGAACCGUAGGAUUGAAGUAAUCGAAAUUGAUCAUCAUUUCUUCGAUGCGAGUCAUUUUGAAUCGAAUAAAACAUCUGAUGUCAGAUGGCACGAACUACUUUGUGAAAUGGCACCUCAACUUACUCAAUUGACAAUCAACAAUAAACCAACAGAUGAAUUUCUUCCAGACGAUAUAAACGAAUUAGAAAUCAUUAAACAUUUCCAUACCAUCAAUAAAUUAGAAGUUUUCAAAGCUCAUAAUAUCUGUAAAUCGAUUUCAUCAAUUUCACCUUUAGCUCAAUUACUUUCCACUCAAAAUAAUUUGAAAUCAUUAAGUAUAUCAAAAUCUACUUGUUUUAAUCAAUCUUGGUCAAAAGUAAAUUGGUUAGGUUCAUUGAUCAAUUUAAGUAUCAAAUCAUGUGAAACCGUUGAAAUGUGUUGGAUUAAAGAAUUUAUUUUACAAUUUUCAAAAUCACUUCGAUUUUUAGAAUUAAAGAUUAAUCAUGAAGAAAGAUUAGAAUUAACAGAUAUAGAAAAGAUUAAUUUACCUAACCUGAUUAAACUUAGUUUGAUUGGAAAUAUUGAAUCUUUAAUUUCUUUUACAACUUCUUCUAAUCUUAAAACAUUAAUCUUAGGUGGUGGACGUAAGAAAAUUGAUUAUGAAAGCUUAGGUGAUUUGAUUGAAUCUAAUUGGGAUCAAUUAAAUCGACUUAUUCUUUUUGAUAAUCCUGGUUCUAUUUCACAAAAACAUUUCAUUAAGGUUUGUGAAAGUAGAGGGAUUAAUGUUAAGUUUUCAGGCAUUUCUGCUUCUUAUCAUUGCUAUUAAAUAAUAAGCUCAUGAAGCACACAGAACAAUCUGAACGUUGAAACUCGGACUAUAUAUUGAAUGAAAAGGGAACAGGACAAGUGAUAUACAUUUCUCUUUCCAUCCUUCUAGAUAUCAACCUUUUUUAAUUCUCUUUAAUUAUACCCUUUAUUAUUGAUAGUUUUAAUAAACACACGCAUAAAUUAUUUCAGUCUUUUCUUCUUCUGAUAUAUACUCCAGGAAUGUUAUCUCAUCAUCCAAUUCCUUUUCUGUUUCUUAUCAACACGGACAGUAUAUAUUGCGUUUAUAGUUUUGAUAUGUACAUAUCAACAUAGUAAAAUGAACUUGAUUGUCAUCGGGUUUUUACAUAUAUGCAAAAAAUUAGUCUCACC